AUGUCGAUCUGGUAUACGUCGAGGAACCAUGACGUAUAUAACUCAGUAGCUCCUAAUCUUCAAGUACAACAGCCCACACCUGACCCAGCUGCUAGUCUGGAUGGCAAACAUCUGCUGCAACACAACAAAUUAGUAUGCAGCGAUCUUCAGCAAUCAGACGCUCGCUCAGUCUCCUCCUUGGAAGAAGAGGAUCCUGUUAUCAUGUCAAGUCGACCACUGUCAGUUGGGCCAAGGAAGCCUAGGCAGAUGUCAGGUCACCAGCAGGCUGCAAUGGCACGGUAUAACGACGACGCGUACGAGGCACACUCGUGCAUGAGCUUUGGAGAUUCUGUGCACGCCCCGGCGGGCAGUGUGCUUGCUCAGGGGCUUGCUCGACAUCAUCAGCCGCGGGACCAAGAAUGUCGGGAUGUGACGUGCUCUCCUUCCACCGAUAGUGGUGAGGCAAGUGGUGGCAGUGAUGAGGAAUAUGUUCAACCCUCUCGAAUAGCACGCCGUAAUCCGUCAGCCGCCUCGAUCAGCGCCUUGCCGUCGGCACUGGCAAAGGCAAAGAUCCGAGUCGUCAAAGCUCCGCGCAAAGAGUCUACGGCUACUCGACAGCUCACAUCAACAGGCAAGCUGUCACAUGCCCGCAAAGUCCCCGAAGGUCACAUCAAGCGUCCUCGCAACGCAUUCAUUCUCUUUCGCACGCACGCAUGCGAGAUCGAUCUGGUUUCCACCGACACAGGCGUCAAAGACCACCGACAGAUGUCCAAGCUCAUCGGCGAGCUCUGGCGGACUUUACCUGCGAAUGAGAAGCAGAUUUGGACAGAUAAAGCCAAGGCUGAGCAAGAGGCUCACAAGUUAGCUCAUCCCGACUACCGAUACAGACCCGCUGGGCGAGACACGAAGCCAUCUGUCAACGUACGCUCCAAAGCGAAAGCUAAAUUGUCUGCGAAGUCGCGGAAUCGUAACGUUCCAGGAUCCCACGGAUGCUCGCGUACGUCUUCUGCCAACAGAGUGAGCAAUCUUUCCAGCGCGAAGCGAGAGAUACAAGACUGGCUGCGCGAAUCAGCCUCGCCCUCGCCGAGCUUGACGGACGCAUCGAUCGAGCUGAUGCAACUCGAAAAGCUCGAGCCCUGCAAAACUCUGCAGCCGAUGAUCCGGCAUAGUGCGUCUUAUCUCAUGCCCUACAAUAGGCUCCAUGUCAGCGCGAGUUCCAGCCCUUUUGCCGUCCUGCCAUCAAAUCCGGAGGAUCUCAGCGAUAAUGGUUCGCCGCCUUCGCCUCUGAAGAGGACGCUCUCAAGUCACAUGCGAUCUACUGCAACGCGCUCUCGAACACAUUCUCACGCAGAUUCCACAAUAGAGGGGGAUGCCCAAGCUUCUGCGCUAGCAAUCGGUCUCGGCAUCUCUCAGAGUGCUCAUCUCGGCAGCUCUCGAGAUAAAUCGUCGGGCUUUGACGUGCCUACCCGCGGCCUGUCGAUGACGCGCGCGUCUCGACCAGCCCCUCUGACAGCUCUCACGCCCCGCCGCCGAGCAGGAAAUAUGACUUGGCCCUUCGACCCUCAUGCAAUGUUCCAGUCUUCGCCGAUUUCGCCAAAUGGGCAGCCCGUGCUGGCAUUGCAGUCCCCCACGCGUUCGCAGCAAUCAUUGAACACAGCAGCAGGCGAUCUCUAUUCGAGCACGCUUUCUCCCUACGCCACUACGUUCGGCAUACGAAGCAGGGGCGCAAACGCUAUGCUCUUUAGUCCCGCGCAAGUUGACUGCGAAGCGCGCCGAUCAAGCUAUGAUACAUGGAUGCUUCCUCUGCCUUCGGCUCGGGGAUUGCUGCAGACGCCAAGAUUGUCGGCUGCCUUUGAAUUUCCACAAUCCAGUCCCAUGGCGUUGCUCAGUCCUCGCAUGAACGCUUCUCUUGGGAGCAAUCGACGCAACGACUCAAUAGACUGGCUCAGAGCGCCUAUGACGGCGCGUGCACUGGCAUUGCUCGACUUUCCUGGCCUGUCUCACUGGCAGGGGGAGUUAUCGGCUCGCGAGUCAUUAAACACGUUGCAGCGCGUCGAAAGCAGUAGUCGAGUGUCUGAGCAUCAAUCCAGGCGAAUGGGACUUGUACGAGAUCGCGACGCUUACCGCCCUGUUAUCGCCCUUGCAUUUAGCUUACAAAAAAGAUCUCGCAUUUCCAUGAGUGCACAUGCUUGCGUAACAAUGAGUGUGUGA